AUGCCGCCUAAACGCAAGCCGCUUGAUGCCGCUGCCGAAGCCAAUGCCCACGCCGAAGCUCACGCCGGUCACACAUCAGGAAACAACGAUGCCCGUGUUGCCUCUGCGCCCAACUUAAACAACAGCAACAUACCCGAUCUCGGCCCUGGCACGACGUCACUUGUCGAGCCCGCUCGCUCGAAACGCCAGAGAGUCUCGAGAGCCUGCGAUCAAUGUCGAGCUGCGCGCGAAAAAUGCGAUGGAAUACAGCCGGCUUGUUUCCCUUGUGUGUCGCAGGGCCGGUCGUGUACCUACCAGGCCAGUCCCAAGAAGCGAGGAGUCCAGACGGGCUAUAUCCGCACUCUCGAACUGGCUCUCGCUUGGAUGUUCGAGAACGUUGCCCGCAGCGAGGACGCUCUCCAUAAUCUGUUGGUCCACGAAAGUGGCCGAGGCAGUGCUCUCCUAGUGGGCAAAGACUCGCCUGCUGCAGAACGGCUGCAUGCAAGAUGGGAGAGAAGUCGUGUCAACAAAAGCAUUAUCCGUCUUCUCUCGGGCCAGGCCGCACACGAUCCAUCUGACGACGGCCAGUCCCCGACUGAAGGCCUGAUUGUUGAAGAUGCCGGGCCAAACACAGCCGAACUCCCUCAUGCGUCUCAGUUGUCUUUCCCGGCGCCGAAUACAGUCGGGACGCGCACUCUACCAGGCCCGGUCCAACAACAUAUCUCGGUGAACACCCUGGAAAACAACCUUCAGCCAGAUGACAGAACCGCUCUACCCAGUGCUGGGAUAAAAAAGCUACCGCGUCAUCACUGGCGCCUACUGGAUAUCUACUUCUCGUACACGCAUUCAUGGCUCCCUAUCCUCGAGAAGAAAGACAUGUACCAAGCAUUGUACCAAUACUCUGAGCAAGGCUCGUUGCUUCCCUCUGCUAACGUCGAGUCUGGCGUUCAUGCCGAGCUCUGGAGCGCCCUUGCCCUGGCGUCGUUCCAGACUGCUGCCGCUGCUGCGUCGAAUUCUGCGGGUCCAACUUCGGCGACUCAUGGCGACAACAAUGCCACCACUCUCUCCCCCGCAGACAUAUUUGACACAGCUCGAAACCUCAUACCAUCGGAAAGUGGGCCGUCCCAGGUGCAGCACUGCAGAGCCCUAUUGCUUCUUUGUCUAGUAAGCAUUGGACGGGGUGACUGGGAGUCUGCUUGGUUGUUGGUUGGCUUUGCAGUUCGUGUCCUACUUGUUGUUCGCACUCGGUUGCCUCCUGGUGAUGACCGGUCACAACCAAGAAUUCGCACGCUGCUCGUUGCGUGCUUCAUCAUCGACACCAUUGUCUCUAUGAGGCACAAUGUACCGGCCCAUCUCAAGCCAGGCGACAUUGCCGAUCUGCCGUUGCCUGAAGACGGGCAAGAUCAAUGGGAGCCGUGGACACCAUGUGAGGGCUUAGGAGGAGAACACACGAUGCUACAAAUGUUGAGGAAUCCGGCAUAUCCUCUAAGCACAUUCAACCACAUAUAUGGCGUGACCAAACAGGUUGCUCUGGAACUCUUGCCAAGACUCCGAAUGUCUUCACAGAACGCUUCCUUGGAGUUCAGGUCGCGGUUGCAGCAAGUAAUCGGCCAUGAUUCUCCCUUCAGUGGCUUCAUCCUUUCCCAAGACACAGCAUCGGCUUUUGUGCCAACAGCAUACCUUACUCGUACCUUCUACCUAUGGGCGGCCGCUUUUGCUGAGCCUGCCAACGAACACUACUCACAUCUUCUGAUCGAGACCCUUGAUCAGUAUCAGAAGCGGUUUGGCACAUAUGCAAUCCCGCCCUUGGUCCCUUCACUUCUAGCUUCCCUCCUCGCUUUAAAGGAACAGUCGCUUUGCUCACAGCAGCACCGAAGGCAAUUGGAACAAGUUCUAUCCGCCUACUCCUCAAUAUGGUCUCAGGUAGGCCGACACAACAAUACCAAUCUCCAGCCCAUCCGACAUCUUGAGCCGCCGCCAACUGCAACUACGAAUGCGAAUGUCACGUCCCCUGUCAUGGAACACCCUUCCCCAAGCUCGAUGACUCCGGCCAACGAUCGGUUCAUUGGGUUACCGAACCCCAUCCCCUACAACACCAUGACAGUCCUAGACACUGUUUCUCAAACUGCUGGCCCUCGAAACUACGGGUCAUUCAAUACACAUAGCAUGCUCGGUACAUACCCACCUCCUUCCACCCAUUUGAGCGAGACCUCAAUGGCUCUAGCACCCGGAGGCGCUCCUCCUAGACCACCAGCACCAGCAUACGUUGAUAAUACAACGAAUGGUCCGCAUCACCAUCACCAUCUUGUGCCCAUGGCCAAUUUUGGAUAUUCGACGGUAGACUACGAUGCAAUGGUGGACGAUUUGGCGUCGAUCGAGUACACGGAUGCGGUGGAUGUCGAUCCACAGUUCAUGACGAACCUCGGGUUUGUCCCAGGCUGUAAUUUUAGCGAUAUCAAUGCCUAUGGGCAAUAG